CUUACUCUUCUUUUUCCGCAUAUAAAAUAACCACAACGCAUAUCGAAACGAUUCACAAUUCACCUUGAUCUUGAACGCUCAACACCUUCAACUUGACUUGAAUAAAGAGUUUUAAUCUGUGCUGCAUUUUGUGCAAUGAAAAUAUAGGAAAAAAUUAAUUAAUAGGAAUUGUUGAAUUUUUUUGUGUGGUUAAAAAGUGAAAUUUACUUUAAUUAUUUUAUAAUCAAUUUGCUGCAUUGUUAAGUGAAAAUAAUGUGGAAGUUCCUUGCGGUUUUAAUAGUUACAACACUAUGUGUGCAUGCUGAAGAAGAGCAACCGAAAAAUGGCCAACAAUCAUCAUCACUCGUUGAGGUGGCGUUAUGCUACGUCACACCAAAGCCAUUAAAUUGCCUUAAAGAACAAACAGGACGCAUGUUGGACUUUUGGGAAGCUAAAGUUGAAGAGAAGCGACAGCAGUUGAUGGAUGAAGCGGAUAAAGAAGUGAAAGAAAGUGAGACAUCAAGAGGAUUGAGCGAUGAGGAGAAGAAGGAACAACCAUCGGAGAUUAUGAAUUCACUCGAGAAGGGCUUAAGUGCCUUGGCUAAUAUCAUUACAGACGAAGUUGAUAACCUCCGUGGACGAAACAGUCGUGCAUUGGACAAGACACAGACGAAGCAGCUUGAUGAUGACGAUUCAAAUGACUUUAAUGAUGACUUUUCAAUUUAUGAUACAGUCAGGACAGAAGGUAAUAUAACCAAAGAUGAUGAAGAAGGUAGAGCUAAAGGAAUGAAGGGGUACAAAGGAAAUAAGAAACAAGGAUAUGGAUAUGAUGAUGAACGUGAUGGAUGGAGUUAUGGUGGUUAUGGAAAAGGUAAGAAAGGAAAGAAAGGCAAGAAAGGAAUGAUGAAAUUGUUCUUCCUCGGUGCAAUCAUCAAGGCAAAGAUUGAAAUGUUGUUGAAAAUUCUUUCAUUCCACUUGCAAAUUAAAUUCCUUGCCAUUGCAUUGAUCAACAUGAUAAUCAACUUGGCAAGAUUCUGGAUUGAUCUGAAGAAGCAGCCGCAAAAGGUUGUAUAUGUGGAACACGCGCAGCACCAGCAUCAUUAUGAUGAACAUGAUGACUGGGGUAGCUCAUGGAAGAGAACACAAGGACAGCCUGAAUAUCAAGGACAAGAUUUUGCUCAUCGAUUAGCGUAUGGAAGCAGUGCAUAUCCAGGCCAUACAGGACAGCAAUAUUAAGAUUGACUGUCUUAUAAUAAUUAAGAACUUAUCAUGUAGCAAAUCGCAUUAAAUGUUAUAUUAAUAUACAGAAUGAGAUUUUCAGUCAGAUUCAUCCAUUAAUUUAUUAAUAGAUAAUUAAGAUCAUUCAUGCAUUCCCUCAUCCCACAACUGCCAAUUGUUGUUAAUUUAUUUAUUUAUUUAUUUAUUUUGUCCACUCACCCUCAUAUUCAUCAUGCAAACAUCUGAUUUGAGUUAAUUUAUUUAUUUAUUUUAGCAUUUAAUAUCAAUUUUGUAGAUAUUAUUGCACGCAUCUGCAUUUGCAUUUUCAUUCGUG